CCCGAGAUAGUGUGCGGAUAGGUUGGAUUGUUGGGAGGCGUUGGUGGAUGAGUAGUGCUCUCCCCAAUGGCUAUCCACCCACAACAAUGCAAAGGAUCGACGUGGCAAAAUAAGCGGUGUGCCACACCAUCAAGGCAGCGUCAACCUAUAUCAGUACGGGGAUAACUUGGCGCAGCACAACAAGACGGAUGUGCCAGAGCUGUUCGACCAAUAUGACAUGGCCCAUAGUGCCCCGUAUAAGAAGGCCAAGGCAUUCUCUGAGUCUGAUCUCGAUGAUCCAAAUAACUUCACCAACCGCGCCUCCCACAACAAGCUCGUAAGGUACAGAGAUGAGGGGAAGGCGAGGAUAGGGCCGGACUUUAACCCGAGCCAGCCUAUUUAUCUAGAGCUGGUGAUGAUAUCUGGUGGCGGGAGGUACCAUGGCUUGUUAGCCAUUGGGGAUGGACUGAUACGUUGUACUAGCACUCUCCCGUAGAUCAAGAGGCGCCAGACGAGCUCCGAUCCUGAGAUAAGGCCUCGUCCACGGCCAAUGGAUCUCGAAAUCAAGGCUGCUAUUGAGGAAGAGAGAGCAAAGACCCAGGAGCUUCUGGCAGAGGAAAAGAGGCAAGUGGCGGCGAGGGAGAGGGAGACUGAGGAGAGGACGGCUAGGCUUUUGGAGGAGGAGAGGAACCGGAACGACAUGGCUAACCGGGCCAUAUACGAGCUCUUCGCGUCCAUGUGCGAGAAGAACAAUCAGACCCCUUCGUCGAUGCCAGUCAUUGCUCCGGCGGACACGCAUAACUCCCGACAAGCAUCGACGUCUGCCAUUGGCGCGAGCAAGAACCCCGAUCCUCCUCUGUCUGCCACUACCGCGAGCAAGAACCCCGAUCCUUCACCUACGGGUUGACGAUUUGCUUCAGAUCACGGAAGCUUGGGUUGAUGGAGUGCUU